CAGCGGGGUAACUCCACGUGUACCUAAUCUCCCUGUAAUCCGUGGGUACUUCGUAUUAAUUAACUCGUUGUCAACAUCUGUCGUGUGAAGACUGAAGACCGAGGACUCAACUCCUCGUGCAUCCAUCUCUUGCCAAAUCCACUCCUACCCUAUCUUCCCUUCGGUACCUACUUUACCGACCUUGCCCGCCUGGAGCCUCUCAAUUGCAAAAUGGUCGCGGCGUUGCAACAACCAAUCUUCCCUUCCGCCUCGUCCGUCCCCAAGAGCCGUAGUGAGGCACCCAGGGUUGUUCUUUAUUCAGCAUUCCGUGAUAAUUUCCAUCUGACAACAUGGGUUGCCCUCGGUGCACUCGUGCAGGGCAUCGCCUGUCUUGUCCUGCCCGCCCGCCAUGCUCUGCUGCCAAUCGUCUUCUUGCUGCUGCAACGGUUGGUGCGCACAAUCAUGAUGGCAAAUAGCAUCAUCCCAGACACGCAAAUGGACGGUGUCAUGAUGGGCAAGUUCACGGCUCAGAUCCCCGGCACCGACGGCUGCCCACCGACGCAGCCUGCCGAGCAAGAUAUUGUCGUCAUCCUCCUCGCCACACGAUCAAACCACCCUCUGGGACUCCUCGCCAAAGGCUAUCGCGAUAUGGGAGUUCACAUGAAGGCCAUGCUCACAGAAUUACACGAGGACGGGGAGCAGUACGGGUUCCUGGGACAAACAUCAUGGGUAUCAACGAACGAGCGCUAUAGCAACAACCAAACCAUGAUCCUCUGCUACUUUCGGUCUAUCGAGGGCCUGCACGCCUUCGCUCAUGGGCCCAUCCACCGCAAGGCAUGGGACUGGUGGAAUACCAUCACCAAAACGCACCCUUACCUGAGCAUCAUGCACGAGGUCUACCACGCACCCAAGGGGCACUGGGAAAACAUCUACAUCAAUAACCAUCUCACCGGGCUUGCGAAUACCACGGCGAGGAUGACGGUAGAUGGCCAAGCCACCAGGCCCCUCUUCGACGCACGUCGAGGGGGCCUCCGAACACAACUCGGGCGUUUGGGACGUUCGGAUGGGGCCGAGGAUGAGCAGUAUGGCGAGAACUCGUACUAAAAUGGCUGACCAACCCAAAAUCUGGGACUGGCUUCGGUGCCCAAGUGGUGUCGUGUCAUUGGGCUCGGGAAUGGUUAGUGCGCUCCAGGAGCCCAGUCCACCGUGGCUAGCUCAUAAGUGGGAAACGCUAAGUACCUUAUGUUGGGAUGUGGCAUGCCCCCUGAGCCGUUGUCGAUGGAAACGAUGAUUAGGUUAUAACUAUGAUCAGUGUUUCGCAACGGCGGAAGCGUUGUUGUGUUCUUCAACGUACAAUUGCUCUGCUCAUCUCGCUCGCAUCGACUUUAAGUUUAAAGGAAUCUUGCUAGGAAAUCGUGCCAGGAGGGUUUUAUGAUUCCAUCUCGCAGCCGUUGUCCAUAAAACCGCCAUAGUCAAACUGUCAAGCUUCAUCGGUCAAACCGGUCGUCCUCCAACCCUUGCGACUUGCUUCAAUGGACCAGCUGGUUAGGUACCUGGA